AGCGAGCAAGAUGCUUACUGGCAGUAGCGGGGCCGCGGGUGUGUGGGGACGAGGAGGUAGUGGCGGGCGGGCAGUGCCGUGCCUGGGCUCCUUCCUUGGUGCGUGUGGCUGAGUCAGAGCGCGAAGCCGCGGCGGUGUCCGGGUCUAAGUACGAGCGCCGCGGGGAGAGAGAGCCUGGUCCCAGGCGGCGCAGCGAGACCCGCGGGAGCGAAGUCGGUCUCUCUCCCCGCCCGCAGCGGGAGGUCCUGGGCAGGGGCGCCUCCAGGUGAGGGGGCCGGGUGGCGAGGAGGAGCCAGCUCCGUUGCGGAGAGGCUCUGCGCCGCCGGCGUCCGUCCCCUCCGGCUCUGCGGGUGGCCGCGCCGGUCCUCCAGCGCCGUGGGGUCCGGCAACAUGAACAUCCUGCUGGAGCUCUUUGUGGUGACUUUCAGAGUGCUGUGGGCUUUCGUGUUGGCCGCGGCCAAGUGGCUAGUGCGGCCCAAAGAGAAGAGUGUGGCGGGGCAGGUGUGCCUAAUCACCGGGGCGGGCAGCGGCCUGGGCCGCCUCUUCGCCCUGGAGUUUGCCCGGCGCCGGGCGCUGUUGGUGCUAUGGGACAUUAACACGCAGAGCAACGAGGAGACGGCGGGCAUGGUGCGCCACAUCUACCGGGAGAUGGCUGAGGCGGCCGCUGCCGCCGCCCCCAGAGCUGGAGAUGGAGAAAAAGAUGCAGUGCCCCAUUGCAACUUACAAGUUUACACAUACACCUGUGAUGUGGGCAAAAGAGAAAACGUCUAUUCAACAGCUGAGAGGGUCCGCAAGGAAGUUGGUGAGGUGUCUGUCCUGGUUAACAAUGCUGGUGUGGUCUCUGGACAUCAUCUUCUGGAGUGUCCUGAUGAGCUUAUUGAGAGGACCAUGAUGGUCAACUGUCACGCACACUUCUGGACUACUAAAGCAUUCCUGCCCAAGAUGCUGGAAAUGAAUCACGGACACAUUGUGACAGUUGCAAGUUCCUUGGGAUUGUUCAGUACUGCUGGAGUGGAGGAUUAUUGUGCCAGCAAAUUUGGAGCUGUAGGUUUCCAUGAGUCUUUGAGCCACGAAUUGAAGGCAGCUGAAAAGGAUGGAAUCAAAACAACUUUAGUCUGCCCUUAUCUUGUAGAUACAGGAAUGUUUAGAGGGUGCAGAAUCAGAAAAGAAAUUGAGCCUUUCCUUCCACCCCUGAAACCAGAAUACUGUGUGAAGCAGGCUAUGAGAGCUAUCCUUACAGACCAGCCAAUGAUCUGCACACCUCGCCUCAUGUACAUGGUCACCUUCAUGAAAAGUAUUCUGCCCUUUGAAGCAGUUGUGUGCAUGUACCGGUUUUUGGGAGCAGACAAGUGCAUGUACCCCUUCAUCGCUCAAAGGAAACAGGCUACAAACAACAAUGAAGCAAAGAAUGGAAUUUAACCCUGUUUUGGAUGGACUCAUUUAUAGGUGAAUACAAUGAUGUUACAUGACAGGAUUAUGAAGUGCACUUGCAUCUGACAGAUGCAAUUGUCAACAUCUUACUGUGGCAUUCUCUUGGGUCCUAAACCUGUGUGGUGAACUCUAAAAAUCAGUGGGGUUUUAUAUACUGUAAAUAAAAGUGACUAGAGUACUUGGAAAAUGUGAUAGGUAAGCAAGGUGAACUUACGGUGUAGCUGCCACCAUUGUCCUUUAGAAUAUAACUGUAUGUACAGUAAACUAGUCAUACUACUUGUUGUAGGGAUGCACUGUGUGAUAUCUCUUCCUCAGCCUGUCAAAACUUCUAAGAGCUGUCUCCAGCUAGAAAUUGCAAUGUUUCAGAAAUUGUCUUUCCCUGUUAAACUUGGGAAGGGAGGGAAACUUUGAGAUGUAAGCUACUGCUUGUGACCUUUUAGCAAAUUCAAGGACUGAAUUCAGUUUCUGAGUGCAUCUCUUCACUUGUUCACCCAAGCUCUCUGAAGGACACAUGGCCAAAUCGUGGUGUAACUCUCCUUUGUAGCAACUGUGUGUGUUCUAUUUAAACAAAGGCAAAAAGAAAUUUGUAAGUCUCUACUGAUUCAGAGGCAAGUGAAUGUCUCACAUAGUCUCAGAACAAACUUGUACUGGGCAUCUUGUUUUCUAGGAAUGUAGUCAAGGAUUUGAACAGACUUAUUUCAAGUCACUUGAUUUGAAAUGUGCUCUGUUCUCUUUUCACUUGUGUGUCAAAGUCCAAUCUACUGUUAUGUACUACAUGUUUCUUUUCAUCCUUCUCACUGUUACUUCCGACAGAGCUCUCUCACCCCCCACCCUAAGGAAGCUGUUGUAUUAAAUUUCUGUAACUGGACUUGUGCCUAAAAGACAAAGCAACUCAGCUCAGAUACAAACUGUUUAUGUAAGUGCUGGUCAUAUGCCAAUUAUUAGCAAAGGAAAAAUAGAAUAAUGCCUGAUGCAACUCUCCAUGCAGAAUAUGGCAGGGUGUAAAGAUUUGUUUUUGAGUUGUACUGACAUCGUAGAACAGGAAAUGAAAUUUUUACAGUAUUUUUUUGUAAAGCGAACAAUUUUGUGCCUUGAAUUUGGUAAUCUGUAUUAGUGAAGCAUUGUAAAAGUGAACUUCUACCUCUGUAUCUUAAUGUAUACCAUCCACUUGUAAACUACUAUUGGACAAAUUGUGAUUACUUUUUUAGAAUGUCUUGUUAAAUAGUGACCAAUGCCUGUGGUUAUUAAAGUGAGCCACCUUUUCCUUAUAA